GCUGAGACAAUGCUACCGCAAAUGUGCGCGUCCUCAUCUUUCCCGUUCUGUUCUUCGUCCCUGAAUUGGAUCACAGCUUGCAGAUCCCUGUGCUUGUGGAAGAUGGAGCACGUUCGCGACACAGCCGACACGUCGCCAGACACACACAAAUCGUCGUUGGUAUCACCACUCCCAGCACCACUCGACACACUACCACCACCGCUAGACACCAACACUGUGCCGCCCGUCGAAAGGCGGCUAACGCCACCAGACAAGCCACACGACCAGCUGCAGAAGAUGCACUAAAGUAGCGACACCUCACCACCGCUAGCUCAUAUGAAGGCUCGGAAGCCAGCGUCACCACGCCCGAGACAGCGUCAACCGAUGGAUCGCUGCAAAUUGUCGUCGGCACGAGGCGUCGCCACUUACAGAAGCACCCCUCACGACGUUCACGCUGCCGCUGCCAAGCAACUCCGUGCCAGACAAAAUGCACACACCACUGUCACUUCACGCCAGAAACAGAGUCACCAGUAGCUGGGAAUCUUAGGGAUAACUGCUAUCUCGUCGCUCCCACCCCUUCAAUUUCUCUUUCGCACAGCUUU